AUGAACGGAAUGAACGAGCAGCAGCAGAUGCAAAUGCAGAGCGAAAUGAUGCGGGACUUCCUGAAGUCUUACAACAAAACAACAAAGAUCUGCUUCGACGAUUGCGUCAGAAACUUCACCUCUGGCGAGCUCAGCGCUGAUGAGAAAUCAUGUGGCCAGCGAUGCGUUACAAAGUAUCUCGAGUACUCUGCCAGAGUAGCCAAAGAGUUCAUGAAGCGAAACAACCCCGGCGCUUGA